AUGGGCAACUGCUUCAGCGGCUGUGGGAAAGCAUGGAAUCACGACCAAAAAAUAAUAAAAUCCACCCGCUCAUGGAUCUCUGAGGACGAAGCAGAGGAAGAAGAAGAAAGACUGAGAACAGAGGAGCUAGAGAAAAUCCCCACUGUCCCUGAAGAGUCUCCAGAUUUGGACAUCAACUCGACCACUUCUUCCUUCCAUAGCCAGUCCAAGUGUGAGACUAUGUACGAGCAGGAUCAAAUGCGAAUCAGAAAAAUGUCGACGAUCAGCGUAAACAGAUUGGGGGACAACAUAAACCAAAUAAACAGAAAAAAGAGCAAUCAGAGUAUGCGAUCAAGAAAAUCACUAAAUAGCAUCGGUAAAUCCACAAAACGAGAGAGCAAAAUAACAAUCGACGCGGUCUUCUCCGAAAUCAUCAGUUGCCGAAACGAAGACGAAAAAGAGCGAAUGGAGACAUCGAUGAGAAUCGCGCGAAAUAGCUUCAAUAAAUGGCGAACAAAAGCCAGAAAUCCUUCUACGAUUACAGAAACAACUGAAACUGAAAUAAAUGCAUAA